ACUUGUUACUUGAAUGGGGCCGUUGUGUUUUAAUUUGAAGUAAAAUUAAUUUUCUUACUGGGAAAAAAAGCUAUAGCAGAAAGAUGGGAACAAUUUAACUAGAAUCUUUAUACUAUUUACUCAAGAGAUAUUUUUGUAAUAGCAAAUAGUGGAGUGCUUUUGAUUCUGUCCUGUUGUCCAAGAGAAAUACAUAAGCUUUAAUAUGGAAGAUAUGUGCUCUACCGGAGCUUCAAUUUACUUCCCCAGAUUUGUCCCUAUGGCAUGCAUUUACAAAGGAUGUGAAGUUCUCACAAGAAGAAUCAAGAGAUGUUUCAAAGGGAAAAAAGGAAUCGAAAACAAAGACAAUAGCAUAGCAGAAAGAUGGGAGAUUUUGAGUGGUAAGACCAACUGGGAAGGCUUACUUUAUCCAUUGGAUUACGAUCUUCGAAGAUACCUCAUUCACUAUGGCCAAAUGCCUCAAGCCAUCUACGAUUCAUUCAACAAUGAGGAAGCUUCUAAAUACAGAGGAACAAGUCGAUACUCGAAAAAGAACCUCUUCACAAGAGUGGGGCUCGACAAAAACAACCCCUACAAAUAUGAAAUCACCAAAUAUGUAUAUGCAGCUUCACAUGUACCAAGCAAAACUGAGAAGGUGAAAGAAUCAAACUGGAUUGGAUUUGUUGGUGUUGCCACUGAUGAGGGUAAAGUUGCAUUAGGCAGGAGAGAUAUUUUAAUUGCUUGGAGAGGGACCCGGAGGGGCUCAGAAUGGAAUGAUGAUUGUGAAAAUUCACUGGUCCAACCAAUAGAAAUCUUUGGAGAAAAAACGAAUAACAUUCUAGUACACAAAGGUUUUUAUUCAAUCUAUACUUCUCUUAACGAGGCUUCGGAUUUCAACCGAACAACCAGCGCUAGAGAUCAGGUUUUUGAAGAAGUCACAAGCUUGUUGAAGCAAUACAGUAAGGAGGAAGUUAGCAUAACUGUUACAGGCCACAGCCUGGGUUCAGCAUUGGGCACACUAUGCGCUGUUGACAUAGUUGCCAACCAAAUCAAUAAGGAGUUCCCAGUGACUGCAUUUUUAUUUGGUAGCCCUCGAGUUGGAGAGGCGAAUUUCAAGAAAGCUUAUGAAAAUCUGAAAAAUCUUCAAAUCUUGCGGAUUUGCAAUGCCACUGAUCAUAUUUCACUGAAACCAGACCGUGGACCGGUCGAGGGUUCUGGAACAGAAUGGAGAGAGUAUGAAAAUGUUGGUUUAGAACUUUCAAUUGACACAACAAAGUCAGGGUACUUAAAGAAAGACAUAAGUGGUCAUAUUCUGGAGGUUUAUUUGCAUGGAAUUGCUGGAGCACAAGGGGCAAAUGGACAGUUCAAACUGGAGGUUAAUCGGGAUAUUGCUCUUGUGAAUAAAGUAGCCGAUGUGCUGAAGGAUGAAUAUGGUGUACCAGGGUCGUGGUGGAUCGAGAAGAAUAAAGGAAUGGUUCAACAAGAAGAUGGAUCUUGGAUUCUUAUGGAUCAUGAGGAUGACACAGUAAUGAGUAUACCCAAACCACACGGGUUAUGCUAAAAUUAAUUGUGCAUCUACAUUAAAAGGGAUUGAGGUUGUUGAUUGAUAGCAAAUUCCCAUUUGCUAUUUUUCAUGUUGCAGUAAAGUUGAUGCACUCAGAUGUACUUGUCCUUCUUCCUUCCUUCCUGCUGAGUAGAUGUAUUAUCUCUUAUAUUUAUUUAUUUUUCUUAAAAUCAGAAGCCACCUUAAGACACCAUAUUCUGGUCAUGAUUAGUAUUUAGUAAUAUUACAUAUUGACACAAAAUAUAAUUACAAUAUAGUACUUUGGUAUAA